AUGUAAAUAUUUGUGUAAGUUUAUGUGGCACAAAUUGUAUAGCGUAGAUGAAAGAGGAAGGUGGCCACGUGCGCGCCACCGUAAUUGAGUUGCGGUUGUGUUCGUCUUUUUAUCUUCUCUUCUCUCCGCUCCGCAUGUAGCAGAUUGAAACUUCAUUCUCCAUUUUCAAUUGCUCCGAAUAAUAAUGUGCUGCUCAAUAUUCACCUUCCUUUCUCAUUUGUUUUCCAUCUCUAUUACAUCUUUCUCCGUUUCAUCUUCGCAUCCAAAUCCAUAUUGAGAGUAUCUUAGUGUCGCAUCAAUGGUAGUUGAGGCUCUGGUUCCUCUACUUGAGUACGAUAUGCAAGGUGUGAAUGAAGAUUAUUCAGCUUCACUUGACAAUGAAGUGAAGGAGCAGGAGAAUCAUAAAGUCCGUUGCUCCUCCAAGGAUAACUUGCACACCAAGGAACUUUGGACUGAUGGACUUAUUUGUGCUUUUGAGUUCAUCCGCAGCUCUCGGAAGGUACAUUCCUCAGUAGCAGUUAGAGAAGUCGCCAAGAAGAAGGAUUUUCAAGGUAGUCAAAUUAAUUCAUUAAAAAGAAAUCCCGGUGGAAAUGGCGGCUUUCAAGAAUCAUCUUUGCCGGUUGACGAAUCUGGCGGAUUGGAUCUAGAAGAUUUCAAUAACAGUAACUGUUUUGGCAAAGAGGGUUAUCCAAGAAGUUAUUGGAAACCAAUUGGUUGGGCUAGAGUUUCUGAACUUGUUCAGGCUGUGCAUAGUGAUGCUAGCUGGGCAUCACAGCUACAUGAUUUCACAGAUGAUGAAAGUGAUGUUCCUGUUGCAGAUGUAGCAACUCCUUACUGGGAAAGGCCAGUGGGUCCAACCUGGUGGUGUCAUUUGAAUGCUGCUGAUCCAUAUGUUGCUACAUGGCUUGCUAGUUCUCAAUGGUUACAUCCUGCCAUUAGCAUUGCUUUGCAUGAUGAAAGCAGAUUAAUAAGCGACCGAAUGAAGCACCUUCUGUAUGAGGUUCCUGUUCGAGUCGCUGGUGGAUUACUAUUCGAACUUCUAGGGCAGUCUGCAGGCGAUCCAUUUGCUGAGGAAAAUGACAUUCCCAUUGUAUUACGAGCAUGGCAGGCACAAAACUUUUUGGUGACAGUUUUGCAUGUUAAGGGCUCUGCUUCAAACAUCAAUGUGUUAGGUAUUUUAGAAGUUCAGGAAAUGCUGGCUGGCGGAGGAGCUAACAUUCCACGCAGCAUUCAUGAGGUUGUAGCACACCUGGCUUGUCGUCUUGCACGAUGGGAUGAUAGGUUGUUUCGUAAACACGUCUUUGGCGCUGCUGAUGAAGUGGAAUUGAUGUUUAUGAAUAGGAGGAACCAGGAGGAUUUGCAUCUGUUCACUAUAAUAUUGAACCAGGAAAUUAGAAGAUUAUCAACCCAGGUUAUACGCGUGAAAUGGUCACUCCAUGCACGAGAAGAAAUUAUGUUUGAACUUCUGCAACAGUUGAGAGGAAAUGUAACAAGAUCAUUGCUGGCAGGAGUAAUGAAAAGUAUAAGGCAAAUGAUUGAGGAGCAAGAAGCAGUUCGAGGUCGCUUGUUCACAAUCCAAGAUGUAAUGCAAAGCGCUGUCCGUGCAUGGUUGCAGGACAGAAGCCUCACAGUUACACAUAACUUGGGAGUGUUUGGGGGUUGUGGUCUUGUCCUUUCCAUCAUCACUGGGUUUUUUGGCAUAAAUGUGGAUGGAAUACCUGGAUCUGCAACUCCUUAUGCGUUCACUAUUUUCUCUGUAAUCCUAGUUGUGGUGGGAGCAGUGCUAAUUGGAAUUGGAUUGCUUUAUCUUGGGCUGAAAAAACCCAUUGUUGAAGAAAAUGUUACUGUGAGAAAACUAGAGCUUCAAGAGCUGGUUAGAAUGUUCCAACACGAAGCAGAAUCUCAUGCGCAAGUACGGAAAACGGUGCCUCACAAAGAUGUUCCUCAAACUGCUGCAGCAGUUAGGCCACCAAAUGGUGCAAGUCGUCGCUUCAUGAUUUCAAAGUUGUUCAGUCCGUAGAUGUUUGCAGUGCAGUUGUAUGGCUCUAACUCUAGAUGUUAUUAGGACUUAUAAGUAUAAUAUAUGGCUAUAUCUUUAGCAGUUAUUAGGUAAGGCCAAUAACUGCUGAAAUGUAAAAAUUGAUUAUUAAGGUCGAUUUUGAGAUAUGGUUUAUCUCAUGUAAUGUUUGUUUAAGAAAUAAAUUUUUACAUUGGUUAGAUGAACAUGAACAUGAUCAUGAAUGAAUCUAUAUAUUGCCCUUUUUCCUUUUGAA